ACCAAUUGCAUCUGAUAUCCAUAAAGAAUUAUCGAGAUGGUACGAUAUAGUAGUUAAUAAUGCAGCAAAAAAUAAAAAUGAAUUGGCAAUAUUAAAAGCGUUCCAGUCUGCAGAUGCAAUUAUUCCAACGUUGUCAACCAAAUUGACAAAUUUUCCUAAAGAUAAACUUACUAGUAAACUGCUUAACUUUAAAAACCUUUCGGAGCCAAUUAAUCCUUUAUCUGCAGAAUUGCGAAACAUUUCUGGGUCUAGAAAAUUGAAUUCUCAAUCGAUUCCCGAUUGCCAUUAUAACCUUUCCACGGCAUCACUAUCGAAAAAAGCUCGAACAUUUGAUUUUGGUGGCUAA